AUGGUGCUCCACAAGAUGUGGAAAGUCUACAGACAACCCAUAGAAACCUGGCUGGUAACCCGAAUCCAACGCAGCAUCGACAAGCUUCAACCGACGCUCCCGGCGCCGUUCUCCCGGGUGGAAAUCGCGGUGUUUACUCUGGACUACGAGCCGUUUGCUGUAAGAGCCGUGCAGCAGCGGCCGAGCAGGAAGGCGGACGACUUGCAGUACCAUGUGGGGGUGCGGUAUACCGGGGACGCGCAUUGUAUGAUAAGGCUGCAUUUGGAGGUGGGGGGUUUGAAGUGGUCCGUGCCGGUGGACGUGCAUGACUUGGACGUGGAUGCUGAGGUGUGGGUGAAGCUACGGCUGACGCCCAAAAAGCCGUUUGUUGCAAGCCUGUCACUCGCGUUCGUGCGCCUCCCAACUAUCAAGCUUGUGCUCGCGCCCUUCCAUGAGGACGUGCAUGACUUGGACGUGGAUGCGGAGGUGUGGGUGAAGCUACGCCUGACGCCGAAAAAGCCGUUUGUCGCCAGCCUGUCUCUCGCGUUUGUGCGCCUUCCAACUAUCAAGCUGGUGCUCGCACCGUUCCACGUGCUCAAUGUUGUCGGCAUCCCAUUCCUCUCUAAGCUUUUAACGGAGGACCUCCCGCGGCUUCUCGUGCUGCCGCGCCACAUCAGCCUGGACUUCCUGCCACCUGGCAUGGACGCUGACGAGGACACGGACGCGGGGACUGACGUGGGCGCUGACGUGGCUGCUGACGUGGCUGCUGGCAUGCGUGCUGACGUGGCUGGUGACGUGGCGCAGUGGCGCACGGAAGCGGCAGCGUCUGCUGUGGUUGGGAGUAUUCUCAACUCACCAGCAGUCAUGAACUGGGGGGGAGCCAGCAGGAACGACAGCGGCAGCAAUGGCAGCAGCAGCACCACCAGUGCCAGCAGCAGCAGCAGUGGUUUAUUGAAUGGUUAUGGCGGUGGUGGCAGCAGCACAAGCACCACCACCACAGGAUUCAGCACCACACCUGCCAACGUGGCCACCUCCUCUUCCCCCUCGUCCUCCUCCCACUCCUCUCCCUCCCCUUCCUCCGGCCGCUCCGCCUCCCCCUCCGCCUCCCCCUCCGCCUCCCCUUCCCCCUCCGCCUCCCCCUUCCCCUCGUCCGCCAUCCACGCGCCUCUCCAGGGGGACACCUCAGACGCCUUCAAGGGCGAGCUCUCAGUCACGCUCUGUGAGGCCCGCAACCUCCCCACCUCGCCGCUCUCCCUCCUCUCCCUCCCCACCUCCCCUCCCUCUUCCCACACCCCUCCUUCCUCCAGCCUUUCCUCUUCUCCCACCAAACCUCCUUCUUCUUCUUCUUCCCGUCCAAGAAACAACCCCUUGGCGAUUCUUACCCGGCCGCUGUCUCUCCUGAGUGACCCGUACUGCCGGCUGGUGUUUGGGGGGGCGGUGGUGGAGAGCAAGAGGAACAGGCAGACGUCGCAUGCGGCAAGCCCCGGGGACCCGGUGUGGAAUCAGGACUUCCUGUUCUGCGUGGAGAGCCCGAGAAGGCAGAAGCUGACCGUGGUGGUGCGGGACUCGGUGCUGUUUCAACGUGACUUGGGCUUCGUGCAGGUUCCCUUGAAUCAGCUUCAGGACUGCAUUCCAGUCUCCAUGUGGUUACCACUGUUACAAGACGGGCCUUUUGGAGUGAAGCCCGCACCUCAGGGCGAGGUUCGGCUGGUCCUAACCUACAAGUCAUACGUGGAGGAAGGCUCGGGCCGAACCACGGUCCUGGGGAAGUUCGGCAAGCCCAACAAAACGAAGGUUCGGAUCAGGUUCAACGGAGAUGGGGGGGGAGAGGAGGGUGGGAGAACGAGGGAUGAGGAUAGCGAGAGUGAGAGUGAGAGCGAGAGUAGUGGGAGUGAGGGGUGGAGUGAUGGGGAAGGGGGGAGUGAUGGAGAGUGGCUGUUUGGGCCAGGAAGUUUGUGA